AUGAAGGCCCUCGUUGAAGAGAACGUUAUUAUCUGUGCCAACCGCAUUGCUUACGGAAUAUAUGGCCAUGGACAACCUGUCGUUCUUUUACAUGGGACUCCGUCUUCAUCCCUCAUCUGGCGCAAUGUGAUUCCGCAUAAUACUCGUAACGGUUUCAAAGUCUUUGUCUAUGAUCUACUCGGAUACGGUCUCUCGGAGCGUCCAUGGAAUCCCGAGAUUGACAUCUCUAUCUCCGGACAAGUGCCCAUCCUGGAAGGGCUACUCGCUCACUGGGGACUUGAAACAUUCCAUCUUAUUGCCCAUGACAUUGGGGGUGGAAUCGCACAGCGAUUUGGUGUUUCAUCUCCCCAACGGCUACGCUCCUUGUCAUUGAUCGACGUCGUGAGCUUUGACAGCUACCCCUCUAAAAGAACAAAGCAGCAGAUGGAGGAUGGAUUGGAAACCCUCAUCAAAACAACAGACGACGUACACCAAUCCCACUUCAAUGAAUGGUUGCUCUCUGCCGUUCUGUUUCUGCACCAAGUGCAACAUUACGACCCGAAACACACCAUGGAGAUUGCAGAUCGGAUCCAUGAGCUCGGUAAACUACCAGUGAAAAUUAUUUGGGGUGCGGAUGAUGCAUGGCAAGUUGUGAACUGGGGACCCUUUGAGGGCACGGAUGGUCCGUGCGGCUCCGAUCUUUUCUUGCUCGCCGCGUGCAACUUCUUCGGUAACUCCUCAAUGUUUUUGUUCACAAACUCGCUUGCAACGUUGCGAAGGUCCGCAAUAUGCGUCUCGCGCAACUUGUGGAAGAAUCAGCGGGGCCUUUUAACCCUUGCGAUUGAGACAUCAUGUGACGAUACAUCGGUAUCUAUUGUCGAGAAGAAGCAUGAUGAUUCCACCGGAAGCAGAGCCAAGAUUCAUUUUCUCGAAAAUAUCACCGCGGAUUCACGGGCGCAUCGCGGCAUUCAUCCGAUCCUUGCUCUCGAGUCGCAUCAAGAGAACCUUGCAAAUCUGGUCGACAAGGCUUUGAAAAGUCUACCGGCGUCACAUAUUGAUGGAAAUACUAUUAAGCUCGCAGAUGGGUCAACGCGUCGCCGUCCAGACUUCAUUUCGGCCACUAGGGGCCCAGGCAUGCGGUCAAAUCUGUCUGUUGGACUUGAUACUGGAAAAGCUCUCUCAGUAGCUUGGCAAAUUCCCAUGGUGGGCGUUCACCAUAUGCAGGCACACCUUUUGACUCCACGGCUGGUCUCAUGCCUGAAGGAAGGCGAUGGCACGCUUCACUCGAAGUCUUUGACAGAUCAUAAGAUCAUGGCCUCAAGUGAUGACAUUGCUAUUGGAGAGACACUUGACAAGGCGGCACGCGAAAUAUUGCCCCCUGAUUUAUUGCAAGGAGCAAAGACUACGAUGUACGGCAAGACCUUGGAGCAAUACAUCUUUCCAAAUGGCAAGGCCGACUUUGCUGACUACCGGCCUCCUAUGAAUCGAGGAGAAGAGGUGAUCAAAAAGCAAAGCCGGUGGGGUUGGAGUUUGACCACUCCUUUUGCAAAUACCCGUGCCCUGCAGCUUAGUUUCUCGUCCGUGUCAAGCAUGGUCAACAAAAUCGUGAAGGACAAGAACGGGGCCAUGUCUGAGGAGGAGCGGGUCGAUCUGGGCCGAGACGCAAUGCGUGUUUCCUUUGAGCAUCUUGCCUCUCGAACUAUCAUCGCUCUCGAGGCCCUCCGUUUACACAACACUGGCGAUCAAGAGAUCAAAACUCUUGUUGUCAGUGGUGGUGUUGCUGCCAAUAAAUUCCUCAUGGCAGUACUUAGAUCCUUCUUAGACGUGCGCGGGUUUGAACAUAUUCAGAUCGUUGCGCCGCCGAUCUAUCUGUGCACUGACAAUGCAGCGAUGAUUGGGUGGGCAGGCAUUGAGAUGUUUGAAGCUGGCUUGCGGACUGACAUGAGCUGUCGUGCUCUUCGCAAAUGGACCCUUGAUCCUCAAGCUGAUGACGGCGGAAUCUUGGGGCCCAGUGGCUGGAUUUUCAGCGAAAUAUCUCGCUAA